AUGGACUCCAUUCUAGACUUCUCCAAGGACUUGGAUAUCGCCGCCCUAGACGCCGUGGUUGAAACCUUCUAUCGUGGCAAGGGUGAAGAUCAACGUCAGGCACAGGUCAUUCUCACCAAGUUCCAGGACCAUCCGGACGCUUGGACCAGGGCCGACAAGAUCUUACAAUUUGCAAGAGACACCGAAACAAAGUACAUUGGCCUCUCCAUCUUGAACAACCUCAUCAAGACAAAAUGGAAGGCACUCCCGCCAGAUCAAAGGCUAGGCAUUCGGAACUUCAUUGCUUCCAUGAUCAUCUCCAUGUGUGAUAACGACACCCAGUUUGUCAACGAAAGAGCCCUCAUCAACAAAUGCGACUUGACCUUGGUUCAAAUUGUUAAACAAGAAUGGCCCCACAACUGGCCAAACUUCAUCCCAGAAAUCGUCCAAUCAAGUAAGGCCGGAUUCAACGUAUGUGAGAAUAACAUGAUCAUCUUAAAGCUAUUAUCAGAGGAAAUUAUGGAUUUCUCAGCGGAACAAAUGACCCAGGCUAAAGCUAGAAACUUGAAGAACUCAAUGACCAACGAAUUCCAGCAAAUUUUCCAAUUAUGCUUUGAAGUCUUGGAUAAGGCAAACAAGGACUCCUUGAUUCUCGCAACCCUUAAUUGCCUCUUGAGAUACAUUCAUUGGAUUCCAAUUGGCUACAACUUUGAAACAGAAUUGUUGCCCCUUCUAACUAACAAGUUCUUGUCCAUAGACAUGUUCAGAUCGGUCACCAUCAAAUGUCUAACAGAAGUAUCCCAGUUGGUUGCCCCACAAUAUGACUUGAAAUUUGUCUCCAUGUUCUCCUUGGCCAUUGAAAAUAUCAUGAAGGUCAUACCUGUUGAUUUGGAUUUGAAGAAAACCUAUAAAUUUGCCUCCUCCUCAGAUCAAGAAUUCAUGCAAGAUCUCGCUAUGUUUUUGGUUGUUUUCUUAUCCAAUCAUUUGACCCCUCUCGAGAAUAAUAUCCAAUUGAGAGAUUUGUUGUUGACUGCACACAAUUAUUUAAUCCAACUAUCCAGAAUUGAAGAGAGAGAGUUGUUCAAAACUUGCCUUGAUUACUGGUCAAAAAUGGUCAAUGGCUUAUACAUGGAAAUCCAAAAUUUACCACUUCAAAAUAGCUCUGCCCUACUUCAACUACAAUACUCGUCUAGAAGUGGCGCUCCAAAUCCUGAAUUGUUGAAAAAUAGAAACUUACGUAAGGAUAUCUAUAGUGACAUAUUGUCAAAAUUAAGAGUUAUAAUGAUUGAAAAUAUGGUUAGACCCGAAGAAGUCUUGAUUGUCGAAAAUGACGAAGGUGAAAUCGUUAGAGAAUUCGUCAAGGAGAGUGAUACCAUUCAAUUAUACAAAUCAAUCAGAGAGGUGUUGGUCUACUUGACCCAUUUGGAUGUCGACGACACCGAACAGAUCAUGUCCGCUAAGUUGGCAAGUCAAAUCGACGGUACCGAAUGGUCUUGGCAUAACAUCAAUACCCUAUGUUGGGCAAUCGGAUCAAUCUCCGGCUCGAUGGACGAAGAAAGGGAAAAGAGAUUCUUGGUUUUGGUCAUCAAAGAUUUGUUGGCGUUGACCGAAAUGAAGAGAGGCAAGGAUAACAAGGCUGUUGUUGCUUCUAAUAUUAUGUAUAUAGUUGGCCAGUAUCCUAGAUUUUUGAGGGCGCAUUGGAAAUUCUUGAAGACUGUCGUCAACAAACUAUUUGAAUUCAUGCACGAAACUCAUGAAGGUGUUCAAGAUAUGGCCUGUGAUACUUUUAUCAAGAUCACCCAGAAAUGUAAGAGACAUUUUGUUAUUCAACAGUCUGGCGAGUUGAAACCUUUCAUCGAAGAAAUUAUUGAGAAUAUCCAAGAGACAACUUCAGACUUGUCACCACAACAAGUCCAUACCUUCUAUGAGGCGUGUGGUACCAUACUAUCCGCUCAGAGCUCAACCCCAAUCAGAGAAAAGCUAUUGUCCGAUCUAAUGAAACUGCCGAAUAUUGCAUGGUCCAGUGUCGUCCAGCAAGCUGGUGAAACCCCAGAUUUAUUGGGCAAUCCAGAAAUUGUCAAAAUUAUUGCAAACAUUAUCAAAACUAACGUAUCUGUCUGUAAGCCACUGGGCCCUAGUUUCUAUCCUCAACUAGGAUUGAUUUACAUCGAUAUGCUCUCCCUCUAUAAGGCUGUUAGUUCUCUCAUUUCGAACGCGGUCCAGUCGGAUGGCUUGAUUGCAACUAAGACGCCAAAGGUUAGGGGCUGGAGAACCAUCAAAAAGGAAAUCUUGAUUUUGAUUGAGACCUACAUCUCAAAAGCCAAUAAUGAGCAUGAAAUCGUUAGAGACUUGGUUCCUGGAUUGUUGAGUGCUGUACUUGAAGAUUAUAAAACCAAUGUCCCUGAUGCAAGGGAUGCUGAAGUCUUAAACUGCUUGUCAACAUUGGUCGAUAAGGUUGGUCCAAUGAUUCCAGAUGAAAUUGUUUUGAUCUUAUCAAAUGUUUUCGAAUGUACCUUAUUAAUGAUCAACAGAGAUUUUACAGAAUAUCCAGAACAUAGGGUAGAGUUUUACAAGUUGUUGAGAGAGAUUGAUUUGAAAGGUUUCAAUGCCUUGCUUCAAUUCCCACCGGAAUCUUUCCAAUCUUUUAUUGACGCAAUCUUAUGGGCAUUCAAGCAUAACAAUAGAGAGGUUGAAAACUCUGGCUUGACUCUAUGUUACGAGCUAUUGUUAAACAUCGAGAAAUUGGGACCUCAAAACCAAUUUGCUAUUGGUUUCUAUAGACACUACUAUUUCCCAAUAAUAAGUGACGUUUUUUACGUUCUGACUGAUUCUGAUCACAAGGCUGGCUUCAAACUUCAAACCAAAUUGCUAUCCAAGAUGUUGGAAUUGGUGGUUAAUGACAAGAUCAAUGAACCUAUCUACCCAGCAGAUGCAGCACCACAGGGUACACCAAAUUCUCUGUUCUUAAGGGAAUAUUUAGGAAGUAUGUUGAUGAGUGCUUUCAACCAACUACAACAAGAACAGGUAUCUAAUUUCCUACAGGUUUUAUUCAGCAGUUUCGAUAAUGAAUCUAAGUUCACAGGCAUUUUAAGGGAUUUCUUGGUACAAAUCAAAGAAUAUGGUGGAGACGCAACAGAUUACCUAUUUGCUGACGAGAAGGAAGCAGAGUUAAUAGAAAGGCAAAGGCAACAGAAAGAACAAGCAAGUAGAGUCGGUGGUUUGUUGAAGCCUUCAGAAAUGGAAGACUGA